GGCCAAUUAGCAUUGUGUACACAGUUGAGACAUUCUCAAGUUGAGGAAGAAAAUCACCACGAAAUUUAGUCGCACGAUAUUUGGACGUGACUUAACGAGACAACGAAUGAGUAAUUCUCCCGAGAUAUUUAUAUUGUUUUGAUUGAUAAUUCUACCGGUGAUAUUAAUGUGCGAUUUUUUAAAAAAAGAUUGCGAUAUGAAAUCAAGUAUUAAGUGCAUGGUGUGUGCGUAUCUAACGACUAUCUUAUACGUUGAAAAUGAUAACAAGGGAACUGAUAGGGACUCCUCAGUGAGCUAAAUGAGGUGAACGAAGGUGGGAUACUUUACGAUUUUGAUUACAACGACGGCGACAGACAAAUUCGUGGGCAGGAUCGUGAGUUCUUGUGGUGAAGAGAUUUAUCGACAACCACAAUGGUCAGCACUGACGACAUGAUCCUGGCGUUUUACAUCGCCUGCGGUGUUGGAGGCGGUUGUAUUAUCAUCCUCUUCAUUCUCGUCGGUGUUAUUUUCAUCAAACUCAAUCGAUUCAUGAACGACGGAUCGAAUCGUUUGAAUAGUCAGAGGAACAUGAUGGCCGAUUUUUGUUAUUCAAAUCCAACGAUUGUGCCAGGUGAAGAACUGUCGAGGCGGGGAUACUCGAUGUACAAUGGAAGUGAUUCAAUAUCUAUUCAGCCAUUCAGUGUUAAGUUGAAUGAUUAUGGGAAUUAUCAGGAGGCUAGAUCGAAAUUUUAAAUUAUUCUUCAAUUUAUCAAAUUUUACGUUACUUUGGAAAAUUAAUGUGUGCGAUAAUUGAGUAAUUUAUUCUUUAUGGUACAGAAGAAAUAUAUAUAUUUUGAUACGAAAAGCGAAGGAAAUUCGGAAUGUAUUAAGUGAUGAGAGAAAAUCGUGUAGUCACGUAUGAAAAUUUCGUGUCACUGAUUUGUAACGCUUCUGAAAGAGAAGAAAGUGUCGCGGGGUGAAUGCUCGGUUGAUCAUGCAAGGGAUUCAACAUCGACUCAAUAAUUUAUAUUCAGUGUUAAUUUAUGGAAACUAUCAGUAGGGUAGAUAGAAAUUUUGAAGUGUUCCGCACGUUUUACGAUAUUUGCAAAGAAUGAGGGAUAGAGAGAAAAGAAAAUCACAUAUACUGAGAUAUGAAGAAUUUUUUUUUGUCAUUCCGGCCGUAAGGCGGCGAUUUACGAACGCGUAGUGUUCGUGAAUCACUGCUUACAGCUAUUUUGAAAAAAAAUAUCAUUCGACAUACGGCCUACAAAACUUUUCUAGCUCAU